CGUGCGUUUUCGCGUGCGUCGUGCAGCGUAUCUUCGGAUUUUUUUUCUGUCGUGUCAAUGUCAAGUGCGCGUUUCUUACAGAAUCUUUGGAAUGGAGCUGUCUAAGAAUAACCAAGAAGCUGAAACAGCCGGUGAUUUAGAAAACAAUAACGAAUCGUUAAAUGUUUCUAAGCAGAAGAAGUUGAUUCGACCCAAAACUCAAGGUCAACCUUUAGUUCUACCUGAGGCUGAAGCUGAUGAUCAUGAUGAAGCUGAUGACGAUGCUCAAGAUAGUGAUAUAAUUAUGGUAAAUUUGGACUAUUUCAGUGACAGUGACGAGCCAGAAAUAUGUGAUGAGGUUCCUGCUGCGUCAGCUGCAGUGGUUGUCUACAACAUUUCUCACACGUGUUCUCUCCAAAUGCUGACCCAGUUGAUCUCUUCAAAAUUGAAACCAGGAUCAAUGCUGGAGAGCAUUGAUGGCAUUUAUGACCGUGCAGCAUUGGUCCAUAUUAAGCCUGCAGAUCAAGUUGAGAUGAUAGUAAAUGCUUUGCAUCAUCUCCGAGUUGGUGACCGCCACUUGAUUGUAAAACGGAUGGAAGCUGAAGAUCAAGAAAAGUUUGCUACUAUGAAGAAAAAUUCUGAAGUUUCAUGUAAUGGCACUAAAGAGUUAAUGGGAGAUGGUUCUUUGCCUUUAAUCCCUGUCACCAUUAAAAAUGUGAACCGUCGCCUCAAAAUUGAGAUGGUUAACAAGAUUCUCAAUAAAAAAGCUCGAGGUAUUUACCACAUUGCUAUGGAGCCAAUUUCAUUAUCAAUGCGGGAUUUUGGUCUCCACCACAAUGGAACUGGCAUAGUUUAUUUCACUUCUGAAGAGAAGGCCAUGGCUUUUUAUACCUCUUGUAACUCAACCAUCAUUUCUGGCAGAGCUUUGGCCAUCAUAAAUCCUUUGAAGCAGGAUUCUGUUGAUCGAACAACAAUUUCAACUGAGAACCAAAAUUCCUCUGUAAACCAAAUUCAUGAAAUUUCUUCUGGCCCCCAUGUCAACCCUCAAUCCAGUUUUCCAAGCAAAGUUCUUCGCAUUUCAAAUGUGCCUCCAGAAAUAUCAGCAUCAGAGCUCAAGGAAUUAUUUUUUAGUGAGAUGGAAACGACCGCGCGUGUGGAGCUUGGCAAGAGUAACACGGCCCCUCACUCAGGCUCGGGGACCGUAGAGUUCCAGAGCUGUGAACUGGCCAAGCGGGCCCUGGAGGUCAUGGAUGGGGCUAAACUGGGCUCCUCCAGCAUUGUAUUGACCAUGGUUCCCUCAAAUGACAACAGAGAAUUGAAAAAUGGUUUGAGUUCGAAGGAAACAAGUGGAAAUAAUCUAAAGGAAAAACCAAGUACUGGCGCUGGAAAACACCCUGUUAUCUGCAUAGAACCAAAUGGAGACAAGACGCAGGAAUUCCAAGUUACGAGUGGAGGUUCACAUGGUUCAAACUUUGGCAGUGGUACGCUGAAAACUUCAGGUUACAAAAAGAAGUGGAAGAAUAAAAAGGAUAUUAAAAACCGUUUAGGAUCACAGACCGAAACACAAUUUGUUUGUGUAAUACCACACUCAGGCGCUGGACGCAUUACUCGGACAUUCUCCAGAGUGUUGAUCUGCCAAGACCUCGAUGAAUUCUGGCAGCGAAUACCUCUUCCUGAACACCGCCUGCGUGUUUCAAACAUCCCUUGCAGCAUGAGCGAGGAGGACUUUGUUACGCUCAUCAGUGAUGCAGGCUGUAUCGGCGUGGCGGCGCUGGUGUUCCACUACACCAAUGAGGAUUUUUUUCGAGGAGUGGGUGUUCUUGGCUUUACUUCGGCACUGAACGUGAGAAAUGCCAUCGCUAAAUUGAAUGGACUUAAAAUUCACGACAAAGAACUGAAAAUUGAGACAGAAGUUGCAGAAGUUUCACAGCUUCCAAGCCUCUUCGAUGUCUCAUCAGAGUCGGUGACUGGUGACAACUUUGUGGCAUUUGGGUGUGAAGAAGCUCAGAAAACUGAUCCCGAAGAUUGCAGGGAAAUCAUAACUCGAGCGAGAGCUCAAUCUCAAAUAACAACGUUUAAUGGGAUAAUUAAUGCACCCCCGCCUACUUUCAGGAAAACUCUUCUCGCGACUCCUAACUUUCAACAUGCCCUCUUACCUGAUCCUUACCCUCGCCCGGACCAAAGCAUGGGUCAAGGCCUCUUACCUCCACCUUUCCCCAUUAAUCCUUUUCCAAACAACACUUUCCAAACAAACCCUUUCCCGAGCAACCCUAUGAUGGAAGGAGCAAUGGUUCCUGUCCCUGUUCCAAGUAUCCCUCCUAUCGUGAACCAAAGCUUUGAUGUCGCCUCUGAAAUGCACAUGUCUCCUCCUGAAAUGCACAUGCAUCCCCCUGAAAUGCACAUGCCUCCUCCUGAAAUACACAUGCAUCCCCCUGAAAUGCACAUGCCUCCCCCUGAAAUGCAUAUGCCUCCCCCACCGAAUUUAGUUUCAUUAAACGAGAAAUCAUCAGUUCCAAAUUCAACUGAAAUUCCAUUUUUCUAUGGAAAUCAAGUACCAACUUCAAGCUCUGGGGCACAGUUCAUUUUUCCAGUGCGUGAGUCGCAUAUAGAAGUAGACUUAUCAAAGAUCAACAAAACUCUGAACCCAGCCCCUCCAAUGAUAUAUUCCAACAGUGGAACUGGUCUCAACAACACUGCAUUGAACUUUUCCUUGCCUAGUGACCUGGGCACUUCCAUCGUUUCUGUUCCGCCUUACAGCGUGAAUUCGACCAACAGUGGCAUAGUUACAAUGAACUCGACCAACAGUGGCAUAGUUACAAUGAACUCGACCAACAGUGGCAUAGUUACAAUGAACUCGACCAACAGUGGCAUAGUUACAAUGAACUCGAGACCUGCGGCUGUCACUUCUUUGUCUGGCGUUCCUCUCGUCAACGCGCCGUUCAUCGCAGCGCCUGCGCCGGUCGCCAGCACCAGCAACGUUCCCAACAUUUCCACUGUGUCAACGAUGCCAGGAGCAAAUAUGACAGGAAAUACAAUGCCAGGAGGAAAUAUGAUGAUAGACGGAAAUAUGAUGCCUACAGCAAAUGCAAUGGCAGGAUUGAUACAAAACCGACUCGCUCCUCCGACGAAAGUUAUUCAAGAUCGACUCUCAUAUCCUGAGUUCAGCCAUGAACAGCAGCCGAAGAAUGCUCUGAUGUCUCAGCAGCCUCCUCCUGUGAAUUUGUCCGUGCCCCCAGGAAUACCAAUGGAGACUCAGGUUUUACCACAACCAUUUCGCAGCUUGGUCCCACAAGGACAAAUUAUUAUGGAGCCUAUGGAGGAUCAACAGCAGCAAUUGAUAACACCUGUGCCACAACAAGCGGUCCAACAUCAAUCGGCAAAGCAACCGAAGUCGCGAAAACCUUCAAGGUUUCGACCCCAAUUCCAAAAUUCAAAUCAAAAACAAAAACCUUCACCACAACUACAGCAAGAACAAAAAUCUGCUCAACCCAUCAUCGACAAUACUGAGAACAAAGACGAUGCAGAACUGUUCGGUUUGACGACUGCCUUUCUCGAUUCCCUGGGCGUGAAGCCACCGCUUGUGUCAGAACUUCUAGUGUCCAAGGUGGAUAAGAAAGCCAGCGAGCAGGACGUGCGAGAUCUGUUCAGCAUGGCAGGCAGCGUGGUGAGCGUGCAGCACAACCGUAUGCUGCACAUAGAUCUUGUUGAAAUGUCGUCACCAGUUGAGGCGGUGCAGGCGAUAUCGAUGCUGCACGGUCAGGUUUACUUUGAUUCCACCCUGGACGUUCAGAUGCUUCGGCCCGACGACCCUCGGAAAAACUUUUUCCCUAGGAAGCUGCCCGCCACCGCGCCUAGAGGCCUCAGGACUAUCGGCAAAGGGCUUGGUCCCAAUGGGUUGCCUCUACCUCUCGGGAAUUCGGGAGCAGGGAUUAGAAAUCCAGACAUGCCUGAAAUUGUCAAGCAGUCAUCGAUACCCGAGGAAGGUAGUCUCCCACAUUCAGCUCCUUCGUAUGAAUUACCCGCCACCUCCGCCAGAUCACGGCUGGUAGCCCCGAUAAACGCGAGAAAAAAUGUUUGUAAUCAAGGCUUCGUGAGUAAAGCUGCCCCGUCGCGUGAGAAAGACGUGAAGGCACUUCUGGAGCAAAACAUAGCCAAAAUUGUGCGAGAAAUUGAGGGACGCCGACGACAUGAAGAUGGUGUGCCCUCUCAGUCACUCUCCUCGUCGAAUUCGCGUAAGCCGAUGACCAGAAAUACGACGGUUCAAUAUAGCGAUGAAAGUUCUGACCGGUCUCAUCACGAACAGGAUUCUGGAGAUGACCGUAGUGGCUCAGAUUACGAGUACACAGAUAGCCGUCACAGCAACGACCGCAGCCAAGAUCGUUCUUGCCGUUCUCGCCUCUCUAGAGAUCGAAAAAUCGAACAUAGGUCUAGCUACGAGAGGAGAAAAAGCCGCAGCAGCUCUCGAGAAAGAUCGAGGAGUCGUACUGAUCGAGAUCAAUCUCGACCAUCCCAUAAAGGUCUAAGGUAUCGGGAGAUGCCUCCUUGUAGAGUGGGAGCAACUUGGUAUGUGUCUGAGCGUCGCUAUGAGGAGUUUUACGACUCUGUGAAAAGACGCAAGUCCAGUCACGACCACGAAUCCCGGUACCCCAUGGAAGAACGAAAGUCAAGUCGCACUCGUGAAUCUCGAUACCCCAUGGAAGAACGGAGGACAAGUUACCACCACGAAUCUCGGUACCCCAUCGAAGAACGUAGAUCUAGACACGCUCACGAAUCCCGAUUCGAAGAACGAAAGUCAAGUUUCUCCCACGAAUCUCGAUACCCCAGAGCAGAACACGGCGGUGCUGACGUGCAAGCUUCCUUCCCUACGCACGCUUCGUAUGAGCAGCGUCAGUUUGCUGCGGAAUCUGGAGUGGACCCGCCGCCUGGGACGGCUAUCAUCAUUGCAAAUUUGCCCCACGACACGCGCGUGGAGAGCUUGCACGAGCUCUGCUCCCCGUACGGACUCGUCAAGAGCCUCAAGCUGAACGCCGCGCAGCGCAUCGCUCAGGUCGUCUUCAAUAACUUCCUAGAAGCUUCCAUGGCUGCUGAUGUCCUCAACAAUCAAGACUUCGCUGGCUCGAGGAUCUCGUCCGUGGUGGUCUAAGCAAAGCCUUCUCCAUCACUUCAGUGGCAAGCAGGGAUGCUCGACUGCAACGUCGCCUACAAGAUCUCCGUCUCUACCCUCAGAUUGUCAUAAGUGUUUUGCAUUGAAUUUUCUUCUCUGAAAGAAGACCGGAAACAAAUAUUGCUCCUUUCAGAACUGAUACGAAGUUCUUCAUAAGGCGUCUGUUUUUGGGACUGUAUUAAGUGUACAUAAACUUAAGUUUUAAGACUUUUUGCCGCUCAUAUCCCGUGGAAAUUAUGGGAAUUUCUGAUCAUUUCCAGUACUGAUGCUUACACUCUUCGUUUGCUGGGGGAAGAUAUUUAUAUUGUUGUCUUGACAACAUAUUAAUAUAAUAUUCCUCUUCUUGAUAUUCUACGUUGUGGUUCCCCUCUAUGUCUCCUCAUCAGCGAUCUGCAUAACAUUAUUUCCCUUCAACAUCAAUAUUACUUGAAGCUCGCUCAUCAAUAUACGUUUGUAAAUGAAUAUAAUUUUUGGCCACUCCUCACUUUGAAAUGAGUGGAAGCUCUAAACACCUCUUGCUCCUGUCGCCCCAACACAAAUGUUGUGAACUGUUGUCCUAUUUCUCGUAUCUGACAUCAGGUACCGUCGUGUUUUUUUACAUUCAUAGUUGAAGACAUCAAAUUACACAAAGUUUUUCAGUAGAAAAUCAAAAUCUAGUUGGCGAAAAAAGUUGAACAUUUUCAUAGCUUUAUUUGCCCGGCAGAACCUAUUCUGCCAAUCGAAUAUUCCUAGAGCUUGGCUGCAAGUAGAAUUCUGACACUACGACGUUCUGCACAAUGCUGAACUGAGAAUCCUUUUCUCAUGAACUAUUCAGCAUGCAGUUGGCGUACGGAGCUCUGCACUGCACGUGAAAUUUUUUUCGUUUCCCCA